AUGUAAUCCCGCGGAGAUGACCAGAUUGACAGAUAGAAAAGUUUUUGAUUAACGCGUAAAUUUGCUUAUUUAUUAUAUAAAAGCAUUUCUUUUGGAAAAAGAUAUUUUAAAGUGCUUAUACAAUGAAGAAUCAUCCUUUUAUUGUGUGGUCCAUGUGUUUUUUAUGGUUUAUGGCAAUUUUCUCUAUAACUUGGUCAUUGGUGUUGUUUUGUGGUUUGGGCGAUAUGCUGAUUUUAACAGGAUUAGAUUUGGUCAACUCCUUUGUAUUGCUAUCUGGAAUGAUAAUGGUACCAAUGAAUAUACAAUUACUUUACUAUAUUGCACAUGGAAAGAGAGUAAGUCGUGACUCUAAUGUGAUGUGCUGUCCAUUGUGGUUAUGUGUUAUAUGGAUAAUAUUGAUAGAUGUUGCUGCAGUUAUUUUGUGCAUCAAACGACUUGUUUGGUGCCGUAUAAAUACGCAAAGUUUUAUACAAGAUAGCAUGAAGUAUUACAGAUCAUUCCCAAAAUAUAAAAGGUUUAUGGAUAAUAUUCAAUGGACAUUAAAAUGUUGUGGGCUUGGGUCUUUUAGAGAUUGGUUUUCUUAUGACUGGUACGAUAAAAUACGUGAUUAUGAGUGGGAUCCAAGUUCGAGUAGUCAUAGACAAACUAAAGAGACAUCGUUAUUGGCAACGGAUAGUGUUCCUUUAAGUUGCUGUAAAAGUGGUUCCUGCAUAUCGAACUAUUUAAUGGAAUUGGGAACAAACUCCAUAAAUAUUCGCGGCUGCGGCGAUAAUUUACACAGAGUCGUUUCGAUUCUUUUGAUGACUCAUAUUAUUUUAUUCGUUUUGGUCAUAAUAGAUGAGAUAUUGAUAUUAAGAUUUAUUAUGCAACAAGAUAGACCAUGUACUAACCCAAAUAUCAAACGUAAAUUUUCAACGGACGUUAGACAAAUAAUGACUGCAAAGAAUAAUUUUGAGGCUUCUAGUCGAUCAACUCAAAUAAAUCCGGACGAUAGUGAUGAAGACUAAUUGAAAAAGGGUACUUUAAAAAAGUACCUACUUCCUAACAUCUUCCUAAGUACAUAUCUAUAGGUACUUUCUAACUUACGAAGUUUAUACACUACACGACCUACUCUAAAUUUAGAAAUUCACGUAUAUAAUGGUUUUUUUGUCAAUUACGAACAUGGUACGCUGUCGAGGUCCUGAUGAGUUUUGGAGAAAAAGAAAAAUCUUCAGAUUAGCUGCACAUUACAUCGGCCGUCGGAGAAACU